GCGGUUAAUCAUAUUGAAGCAGAGGGGGGAAAUGUAACGGUUUUAUUUUAACUAAUAAUUAAUUGGGAAUGAGGUUAUAUUGUUUGUUUAUUUUUGUUGUCUUCAACUGUGUAUCGACGGUAUCAAGGUAGCCAACAAUGUAACGUGUUUUCGGCGGUCACAGAUGUGGAAAAUAUUCUUCAUAUUUCGAGAACAAUGUUAAUUUUUGUAUCGGGAUCUAAUGUUGGCAUAAUUGGGGAUAGUGGAAAGUGAGGUUGAGGAAGAAAAACAGAAAAAGGACGAAGAUUCGAGAAAGAGAUUUGAGAGGUGUGAAAUCAGGUGCUGGAUUUUGACGGAAUUUUUCGGAAGAAGACUGGAAUUUGAAAUUCUGGGUACCUGCAAGGGGAUUAUUCGAAAUUUCCGGAUAGGAGAUCUGGUUUAUGGUAUUUUUUGGAAGAGAUAGAUCAUCCGAGCCCAAUUUGGGGAUAUAUCAAAUUCAGAAUUCCGGUUUCACGUGGACUUGGGAGAUAGAACCCUCUUACAGAGGGUUUUCUUGGGCUAUCUACUUUGCAUUUUCCUUGAUCGUGGAAAGGGACGAUUUGGAGGAGGCCAUUAUUUGCCGGACACCGACGCCAUUUUGUGUUGAUCGGCCUGAAACCCUAGAGGAUUUGGUUUGGAGAACCUUGGAGACAACCGCAAGUUUUUUUCAACAGACGUCACAUCAUUUUGCUUUCCCCAUAGUUUUUAUGUACACUUAAAUCUUGUAAAUUACUUGUGAACCGUUCGUGAUCACGAUCCGGGAGAAAUUCAGACAUUUUCAACCUCACUCAACAGUCAACAACCAAUUUCUAAGGUUGGAAUUUACGUAUUUUGUUCAACCGUUAUACACCCAAGUUAUUUCAAAUACGUUGGCGCCC